CAUAUUAGGCCCUCCCCUGGAGGCGUUAAAGAGUAGACCUGCCUGGGGACAGCUGGUCACCGAGUGGUCACGUGGCCUCAAGCCUUCGGACGUGGGUCCCCUCAAACAGGGAUGGAGUCUGGCGAGGACCAGUGUUACAGGUGGGAGAAGGCCCAUAGCCCUCUCUGUGAGAGCCUCCAGGGGCUUCGGAUGUGGGGGCAGCAGUGAGAAGGCAAAGCUCUCUCUGCAGGAUGUGGCUGAGCUGCUUCGGACCAGAGCCUGCAGGAGGGUCGUGGUCAUGGUGGGAGCUGGCAUCAGCACACCGAGUGGCAUCCCAGACUUCAGAUCCCCAGGGAGUGGCCUCUACAGCAACCUGCAGCAGUAUAACAUCCCAUACCCAGAGGCCAUUUUUGAACUUGACUUUUUCUUUCACAAUCCCAAGCCGUUUUUCACACUGGCCAAGGAGCUGUACCCUGGGCACUAUAAGCCUAAUGUCACCCACUACUUCCUUCGACUGCUCUACGACAAGGAGCUGCUUCUGAGGCUCUACACACAGAACAUCGAUGGGCUCGAGAGAGUGUCUGGGAUUCCCGCCUCAAAGCUGGUUGAAGCUCAUGGGACCUUUGCAUCAGCUACGUGCACAGUCUGUCGAAGGUCCUUCCCGGGGGAGGACUUCUGGGCCGAUGUGAUGGCAGACAAGGUGCCCCACUGCUCUGUCUGUACUGGCGUUGUGAAACCUGACAUUGUGUUCUUUGGGGAGCCGCUGCCUGCAAGGUUCCUUCUACAUGUGGCCGAUUUCCCCAUGGCAGAUCUGCUACUCAUUCUUGGGACCUCCCUGGAGGUGGAGCCUUUUGCUAGCUUGUCUGAAGCAGUACAGAAGUCAGUGCCCCGACUGCUCAUCAACCGAGACUUGGUGGGUCCCUUUGCUUGGAGUCCUCGCAGUAAGGAUGUGGCCCAGCUGGGCGACGUGGUUGAGAGUGUGGAAAGGCUGGUAGACCUCCUGGGCUGGACACAAGAGCUGCAGGAUCUCAUCCAGCGGGAGACUGGGAAGCUGGAUGGACAGGACAGAUAAAACUAUUGUCACCUGCGGGAAAGUCACACAGGAGAUCCUCUCCAGGGAGACAUGCCUGAAAACAGCUUGGACAGGUUUACAAAUCUGGGCCAAACCGCGUGUGACCUGGGUAAUGGUC